UGUGCGAACCGUAAGUGCAAUGCGUUUUGCAGGCAAUGAGUGAGUAUUGAAUGCAUUUCUCUUUCUGGUGUCCGACAUAUCGCUGACAAUGAGUACUUUGAGACUUCAGAAGCGUUUGGCGUCGGCUGUGUUGAAGUGCGGCCGCAAUAAGGUUUGGUUGGAUCCAAACGAGAGCAAUGAGAUCGCGAACGCAAACUCAAGACAACACAUCCGUAAACUAAUCAAAGACGGACUCAUUAUCCGAAAGCCAGUGGCCGUCCACUCGAGAGCCCGCGUGCGUAAGAACACUGAGGCCCGCCGUAAGGGCCGACACACGGGUCCCGGCAAACGAAAGGGUACGGCAAACGCCCGAAUGCCGGUCAAAGUGCUGUGGAUUCGGCGGAUGCGUGUACUCAGGCGUCUGCUCAAGAAGUACAGGGAGAACAAGAAGAUCGACCGACAUCUGUAUCACGACCUGUACCUUAAGGCUAAGGGCAAUGUCUUCAAGAAUAAGAGAGUUUUGAUGGAAUUCAUCCACAAGAAGAAGACAGAGAAACAGAGAUCCAAACAACUCAGUGAUUUGGCUGAAGCGCGUCGACAGAAGGUAAAGGAGGCCCGAAGAAGGCGUGAGGAGAGACAGCAACAGAAGAAGACGGAACUGUUGCUGACGUACCAGAAGGAAGAAGAAGCUCUUAAGAAGUAGUUGUAAAGAUUCCCCUCUUUAUUAUUAUUAACUUAAUUGUGAAAACCUUUUGGACAUCAAAUAAAUUUGGAUCGAUUUAUAAAA